AUGGAAAAGAUAAAUUCAAAACGAAUUAAUGAACCAAAAGCUAAAGUAACAGACCAAGGGGACAUUUUAAAAUUAGGAGAUAAAUCGUUGAAUUCGCGCUUGACGAAUGGUCUAUAUCUUGCUGACAGAGGUGAUUCAAGGAAAAUACUGCUUAAAUCUCGUACCAUCGCGGAUAUUCGAACAAAUAGAUGUGAGAGAAAACCACGCAAUAUAAAAUUAAAUGAAGAUAGCGGUAAUAUAAAGAAUUCUGCACCCGAUAGGAAUGAAUUAGGAAAUAAAACUUCAGUUAAAACGAAUGAAAUUAAUUCCAAAACUGAAGAAACUUUAUCUAAGCCUAUCAAUGUAAGAUCAAGAGUAAAAACUUACAUCCAAAACCUCAAAUUGUAUUCAGAUCUCAAAUCUAAAGAUAACAAUUUGUCUAAUAUUAAUAAUAAAUUAGAAAGACCAAAAGCUAAUGGUGGAAAGGUAUUUCAAUCGAACGAAACACCAAAUGUGGUCAAACAUGAUGUAUUAAAACAUACAUUAGAUAAAAUGAAUUUAGGUUACCUUGUUAGUAACGAAUAUACAAGGUGUAAUAAGGAAGUAAAUGACGGUGCGAUAUUGCAAAAGCCAAGACCACAGCACACUCAGGAUGAAUUUGUAGAUAGUGCAAUAAAAUCUCAGAUAAAUGAAGUUUUGAAAUUCAAACAAAAUAAAGAACGUAUUAAAGAUAUAGAUGAAUGUAGCAAAAGAAAUACUAAAACAUUGGACGCUGACGAAAGAAAGAAAAUAAAGGAAAAACAUUUUAUUAAAAGCAAAGUUAGCUCUAAUUUAAAGGAAGUGGGCCCGCCAAUCGACACUGCGGAUUGCAAGAAACAAAGCACGGAGAUAAUAGACAGUAAAUCGGUCAGCACCAGAACAAAGGAUUCUCAGAAGAAAUCCGAAAGUUCGCGUCGGCCCGUCAUUACUACUAUCCAUUCGAAACACGACGCAAAAGUUUACAAAGCUGUCACGUUUACAGACCUUAAGCAGCGAGAAACAAUGCCUAUAGAAAUAAAAAUACCCAUUGUUAAGCAAAAAGAAAAAGUUAAAUCAUGCGAUAAAAAUACAAAUGUAUCAAAUUCUAGUAAAGAGAAGAAAAAGAAGUUUCGUAAAAAAAGAAGUUUUCCGUCACCAGUCUUAGUCAAGAAAGGCGAAUCUCCACCUACAGAGGUCGCAAAAUGGGCGCCUAGUUGUGUUAAUAAACAGACAAUUCCAUAUUACGAGGCCUGGGUAGAUACGACAUUGGCAGCAAUCUCCAAAAGUUCCAAAAAGGAUAGGAUUCUGGAGAAGCAAAAGCUGUUGAAAUCAUUCAAAAAGUUCUUAGAGCGACCACAGACGCCUGACUUGAUCUAUGAUCAUAUGGAUGAAAGGUAUACCGGCAAAAUAAAAAUUAAACAAAGGCAUAAACAAUAA